GACCAGAACACCGAACCAAAUCACCAGUUCUUCCUUCCUGCUGCCAAAGGCCAGCCGCAUCGUCUAAGGACAGUCACAGAAAUGGCGGGGGCUGCACUUGUUGCGGAAAAUAGCUUUCUAGGCAAUUUCGACGACAAUACAUGCCAGCUAUUGCCACCGGUCAAUACCACGAUUCACACAGAUGAUGGAACUUUGAAAAAAAUGUGGCGAUCAGUUUAACAGUUUUCGAGUGGUGCGUUUUUACUCUGUGGUUGACACUCUGUGACGGGAUGAAGGUGUUUUCGAACACUUUGGGGCUGUUGCUCAAUUUUGUGAUGGCCCCUUUUACCGGUAACUUGACCAAAUCGUUGCAAGAUGUGCAGAAGAAUAUAAUCGAGCCUGUACAGGAGAAUUUUAUUAAGCCGGUUGCUACUAUACCGUUGAAUUUGAUAAGGAAUAAAGUGACUUGCAGUCCUUAUAGGUUUGAAGUGGGCGGAAACGACAUGCAAAUCACGGCGAUACCCAGGGGAAACUGCUGGAACUGCUGCCCGGCCAACCUGAAACAAGACCUCCAAAUCCUCGUCUACUCCAAGGACAAUCCCGCCAGCCCAAACGUCAUAAGUCCCACCUGGAGACCUGGGGCCCUGAGGGCCGCAGGAGUCGACCCCCACGUACGCACAACAAUCUACAUCCACGGCUUCUCCGAGCUGUCUCCGGGUCAGAGCGGAGAAGCAAUAAAAAACGCCUAUCUUUCCAGACCUGAAAGGAACAACUUCCUCAUCCUCGAUUGGUCAAUCCUGAGCAGUUUUCCGUGGUACACUCAAGCCAAAGCGAACGUGAAAUUCGUCGCAAAAUUCCUGAGUAACUUUUUGGAAAUUUAUCACAAUAGUGGAGAACUGCCUUUAGCUCAUGUACAUCUUAUUGGGUUUUCCCUUGGAGCCCAUGUGGCUUCCUUUACAGGAAAAUAUCUGAGAGGAGGUUUGAGGUUGAAAAGGAUAACCGCUCUUGAUCCUGCUUUUCCAGAAUUUUCUAUACAAGAUACAUCCAGACGCCUGACGGUCACCGACGCCGAUUACAUCGAUGUCAUCCACACCGACGCGGGAAUUUUCGGCAUCCCGGUGCCUCUGGGACAUGCCGAUUUUUAUCCCAACGAGGGUAAAGCGCUACAGCCUGGAUGUCAACCGAGCUACCUCCUCAACGAGGGCAAUUUCGUGAACUUGGUCGUCGGAUGCAGUCACGUGAGGGCCUGGAAGCUGUAUGCCGAAUCGGUGAGGUAUAUGAGAGCAUUCCCAGCCACUAGAUGCAGGAAUUGGAAGGGGGCCAACAGGCAGUGCAAUUUCACCAGGGAUGCCAACAUGGGACUGGCGAAUAAUCACACUCGUGGUGUUUUUUAUCUGGUGACGAAAGCGAGCGAACCAUAUUCCCAAACAGUGGAGGAACAGAUAUCCGAAUGAGAUGAGCACAAUACUGACUCCGAAAAAAGAAGACUGAUGAAUCCAUUACAGUGAAAGUUCCGAACAAACCCCAUAUUUGGUUGGAUGCCAGAACUUGCCAGAAGAAGAAGAAUGAAUCGAGGAGUUCUUUGUGUUGUCCUACAUAAGUCAUUUCAAUUUGUCUGGGAUUUGUAUAAAGCGAAAACAUGACAUUAUUUAUUUUUAUAGCCAUUUUAUAAAUGAAAUAAAUUAUUUCUGUGA